AUGAAUAGGAUUGUCUCCUUUUUUGACAUUAUUUUUUGGUCUGUAACCCAUGUCCUUGCAGCAUAUGCUAGUUUUCUUUGGGAGAUCAAUUAUGAUGACAGCGAGCAGGAUGCUGACACACCCCACGAUCAAGAUAAGGAAGCCGAAGAAGUUUCUCCGUUACACGACACGGAUUUUGAACAAAGGAUCAUACAAGUUAGCCCUCUGCUGAAUCUUGUAGCAGGAUUUGGGAUUGGAAGUUGUGGAUUUAGUGGUGGCAUGACUUUUAAUGAGUUUAUAGCAGCUGAGGAUUACUACAUGAGGAUGAUUCAAGAAAAUCCAAAUAACCCCUUGGUUUUAAGAAACUAUGCUCAGUUCCUUGAUCAGUGUAAAGGAGACUUAAGAGGAGCUGAAGAAUACUACUCGCGUGCGGUAUUAGCAGAUGCUACAGAUGGAAAAAUUAUUUCACAGUACGCAAAUUUUAUAUGGCAACUUCAUCAUGACCAAAAUAAGACCUCCUCUUACUUUACAAGAGCAGUUCAAGCUUCUCCUGGAAACAGGUAAGCAUUAACUAUGUUCCUGCCAUACAAUUCCUAAGUACCGAAAUAUUUUCGACAUGAGAUACAACAUAUGUGAAAAAUCACUCAACUUAUAACCAACUGUAAUCUACAUUAAUGAGUAUAGUGCAAAGGACCUAAAAGGUUGGACUCAUCAAGCUUAAAUUCUGAUUCGUCUCUAUUCAUUCCGAAUCCCUCUCGUUUUGCUUUCAGUAAUGUACUUUCAGCGUAUGCCCCAUACAAAUUUUUCCAACUACUGAAAUAUUUUCGACGUGAGACAUAACGUGUGAAAAAUUCACCAAACUUGUUACAAAUUUUAAUGUACAUUAGUGAGUAUAGUGCAAAGACGAUUAAAGAUU